UCAGUUCAAUAUUAUGACGUGACAUAGGGGUGUGUUUACGCAUGCGCCAUGAAGAAGCAAAGUAUUAGGAUACUGAUAAACCUAUAUGAGUACAUGCAUGUCCACUAUUAAGGUCUCUCUUCUGUAGCAGGUUGGACGGCACGUUCUGAUUGCAGUGGUCAAUAGUGGUGGACUUAUAUCGAAAUGUCUUCAAUUGAAAACAUAGUCUUGUUGCUGUUCGGACUUCUAAGCUGUUCCAGCGCGGAAGAUUGGCAUUAUGGCGCGCCUGGCUCCAAAUCCGACCCUCCAGGCUGGGACCAGGUGACCAACUCGGUCUGUAUGGGACGGUACCAGUCCCCAGUAGACAUCCCAUCUGUUAUAAAACAGGACUACUCUAUCAUGAGCAACUUCCAGCUUCAAGGAUUUGAGGACACUCACCAUUACGUAACUACGAUGAAAAACAAUGGUCACACAUUGCAGGUCGAUGUUGUCGGUGACUUGAUCGUUUCUGGCGGAGGACUUCCAGGGAACAGCUAUAAAAUGGCUCAGUUACACUUCCAUUGGGGCCAUGACAACUCGGAAGGGUCCGAACAUGUCUAUAAUGGACGUCCCUAUCCCAUGGAGAUGCACGUCGUAAACUACAACAAAAAGUACGGCAGCUUGGGAGAGGCAAUAGACAAGUCUGAUGGACUAGCUGUAUUAGGAUUCUGGGUGACGCACACACCGACUGACAACGCCGCGUUUGCACCAAUUGUCGACGCAAUAGGCAACUUGACUUUUAAAGAUACUAAUACCCCACUCACUGUAAACAUUGGGGCUAUGCUACCUAAACGCAUCAACAGGUUUUUCCGGUACAAAGGGAGUCUGACCACACCCCCUUGCUUUGAAAGUGUUACGUGGACAAUGUUUGAGGACAAAAUAUUUCUGUCCCGACAGCAGCUGGACAGGUUCAGAUCUGUGUCAUCAGAAGGAAGAGGUCAUUCCCACCCACUCGUUGACAACUUCCGGCCUGUGCACCCGUUAAAUGGACGGGAAGUGCUACGAAACUUCCAGUUAGAGAGCGAAAUUAACUCGGCUUCCAAGAUUUCAACCGUCGGCGUGACGUUAACGGUCCUGGUCACGUUUCUACGUUCAUACUUGUGUUAACAGAAAUGACUUUUAGACACUCGUCAUCAACAAAUAUCUAGUCAUGAGAAGCGGUCACCUAGUAUGUAGGCGGGAAUACUUUACUCUUAAACGAUAGCCACAAUAAUUGGCGAAAUGCACAGCAAACUCUCUAUGUAUUUCCCAGUAAAGACCUUAUCAUGCAUUACAUAAUACAUUGAAUAGCUUACAAAUUAUGUACGACACAAACGCAAUCUCAUUAAAACCAUAGCCAAAAUCCCACUUCAAAGCGCAGCCAUCAUAUAUAAUAUGCAAAUUACGUUGUUGUCAGAUCAGGAAAAUUACGCGAACACCGUCUAGCACCAGGGGUUAUCAAACUACACAUCUCAUUAUAUCACACCAUGUAAGUAGUUUUCAGAUACUGAAGAAGAGUACUCAACAAAAAAUAGUGCAUUCAUCAUUUUUUAUAUCAUUUCUACCGGGUAAAAUUGCGGCUUCAUCACUGCAUGGCAGGGCGUGUGUACGGAGUGUUACAUCACUACAUAACAGGGCCUGUGUACGGAGUGUUACACUACAUCACUACAUGACAGUGUCUGUGUACGGAGUGUUACACUACAUUACUACAUGGUAGGGACUGUGUACGGAGUGUUACACUACAUGACAGGGCUUAUGUACGGAGUGUUACACUGCAUGACAGGGCUUAUGUACGGAGUGUUACACUACAUCACUACAUGACAGUUCCUGUGUACGGAGUGUUACACUACAUCACUACAUGACAGGGUCUGUGUACGGAGUGUUACACAACAUGACAGGGCCUGUGUACGGAGUGUUACACUACAUCAUUACAUGACAUGGCCUGUGUACGGAGUGUUACACUACAUCAUUACAUGACAUGGCCUGUGUACGGAGUGUUACACUACAUGACAGGGCCUGUGUACGGAGUGUUACACUACAUGACAGGGCCUGUGUACGGAGUGUUACACUACAUGACAGGGCCUAUGUACGGAGUGUUACACUACAUCACUACAUGACAGGGCCUGUGUACGGAGUGUUACACUACAUGACAGGGCCUGUGUACGGAGUGUUACACUACAAGACAGGGCCUGUGUGCGGAGUGUUACACUACAUCACUACAUGACAGGGCCUAUGUACGGUGUGUUACACUACAUCACUACAUACCAGUUCCUGUGUACGUUGCCUCUAAGGACAACACUUUUAAUUCCAUGUAUAUUAGAUGUAUAUAAUGAAUUGUAUUUUGCUGAUAUAGGAGUCCCCCUGGUCAACAUUUUGAAACAUCAGUACAUCAGUCUUCCCUAUAGAAUAGACAGCAUAAAUGAGUAGAUGUACACAUGAUCUGAUGAACCGCUGUAUAUUAUAUCUUAAGGAUCACUACAAUAACCCUAAUAUUGUGGUAAAAUGAAAUAUACAGAUCCCUUGUUAGAUAUAUAUUUAUUUAACCAUGUAAAACAAUUCUGUGGAUUAAAUGCAGAUUUGUCGUGUAAAAAAACAACUGUACAAACGCCACUGUUACUAUUUAUAUAUUAUUUUACUAUUUAUAUUAUAUACCUCUCCAGAUAGUCUCCCUUAACAAAAUCACGAAGAAAGUGGGGGGAGGGGACAUUACGUUAAAGAGCAUACCUUUUUUAAGUUUAAAAUGUAGUGGUAGUUGAUAUUAACCUGAUCUUUUUUUUAUUAAGACAUUAUUACAGAUACAAAUACGAUUCUCUGUAUUGAAAAUAAUGGUCUGAAGUGAGACGUAAAGGACAAUCACUUUACAGUUACAAUUAAACAUUUUUACUAUAAUCCCCAGGCACAGCUUCAAAAGACUGUACAUUUUGGACCAGGUCCAAUAGAUAGUGAUUUUUGGAAACAUCGGACCUGGUCUGUGAGACACCUCGGGAAUCUCGGAUCAAGUCCACAGGACAUUUUGAAAACCUUGGACAAGAUCCACAUUCAGGCAUUUAGAAAUCCUUAUGGAUAUUACUUUAUGAAAUCCAAUAUUCCAUUUUUAUUGUGCAUUCUUUUAGCUUUGUUUUCUAGAAGUAUGAUAAUUAGAUAUGUAAUGAGGUCAACUUCUCGUAGAAUUAAAUUAUGGUGUAUUUGUAUUCAUAUGUAUUAGCAUACAUGAUAUGGAAUAGUAUACAUACUUUACCCCAGUCUUCCCUCCGUAAAAUAUAGAUAUGUAGAUUAUGCAUAUUCAGACUUGCUAAUAUUUGGAAAUAAAAUUAUAAUAUUAAAAUCCUGAA